AAUAUGAUUAACUCGGCAGGUUUGUUUUCCUUGAUAGGCUGUCUUUAAAAGUUAUCAUAUGAAUGGAAUCACUUGAAGUGAUCCGUAUUUCACGAAAUAAAUAUUGAAGUAGAAGUGGAAUGAAAAUCCGAGACAGUGAUCAGAGGCAUUUAAAUGAUGGUCCUUCAAUGUGACACCCGCAAACGCACAUGGCUUGUCAAAUUGCGUGGGUUGAUUCUUUGUUUUGAACGUACUUCGACGGAAGGAAUCGGUUUGCUUGGGUCACUAGCGAAACAUGAUCUCGUUCUUGUCGUAGAAGGGAUCGAACUCGAGAUACAAAAUAAGCUUGGUAGCGGAGCUUUUGGCGUGGUCUUCAAGGCAAGAGACUUACUUGCGAGUGAAACUGUCUUUUAUGCAUUGAAAGAUGUGGUGUGUUCGAAUUCGGCUUCAAUUGGCAAAGCAAUCAGCGAAGUGGAAACGCUCCGUCGUGUGAAGCACGAUUUUAUUGUGAAAAUUAUAGCUGCCGACCAGUAUGAAGACUCACGCGGUGGAUUUCACGUGCUGAUCUUAACGGAAUACUGUUCUGGUGGGAAUUUAAACGACAGGCUGUCGCAACCAAGCAGCGAGGAGAAAACUCUUAAAUGGCUCAGCCAAAUAGCGAGUGCGUUGAGCUAUUUGCACUCGCUUCAGAUCGUUCAUCGUGAUGUUAAACCAGACAACGUAAUGCUGACAGACUCAACAAGAGAGGACUUAAAACUUGGUGAUUUUGGUUUAGCGAGAGAGUUUCUUGCGUUGAAAAGAGUAGAAACACUGUCGGCUUCAAACUGUGGGUUGGCGCAAUAUUACAUGCAGUCAGGGACCGGCCCUGCUCAUUGGAUGGCUCCUGAGGUUUUCACAUGUCACUAUACGGAGAAAGCAGACAUCUUCUCCCUCGGUGUUCUAUUCAACGCAAUCCUUAUGCGAGACUUCGCUUACUCGGCUAACGAGAGGCGAUGGUACGGCGCAUUCGUGAAGGUUUCUGGUGGAGUAAAACUUGGCCUCGGGUAUGCGAUGGCAAUACUCGGUCCAGCGGCCAUGACCGAGUUCGUUCAUGAUCACAAGCUGAGCGAGGAGAAUGGAUUCCGAGGUUUGAUAAUAGAUACUCUGAAUUAUGUCCCGCAGGAAAGACCCAGAGCCGAAGAAAUUUACUACAGAAUUGAGGAAAUCGCCACAAAUAUCCGUCUGCAAUGGUCUGAUGAGGAGCAUAUCCACGACAAGCGUUCAAAAGGAAGGAAAGUGCGUAGGCCGAGAAUGAGGAACAAGUGCUUGAUUAGUUAGGACUGUUUAAUUAAUUUGAUCUAAGAGGCUGAAAUUGCUGUGUGGGUAUGAUUGGAUAGACAAUUUAUCGAAUAAACUGAAAGCUUAUAAUUUCUUCAAUGAUUCAGUAUAGACAUGUGGUACAAAACUGUGCGUUGGUACAUUGAUUGGAUGUGAACACUGGUUUUAAAUUUUAUCUAAGAAGAAGACUACAGUAUUGGUGUAAUAUCAAAAGACUGAGAGGAACUUACGAGGUUUAAGGAUUCUACACUUGAUCAUUAACACCGUAAAGGAUGUAGAUAAAGACUUGCUCUCUCCUUUGGAGGAUAAAGAAGUAAAUAUAAGAUAUUGGAAUGCAUAAAUAACAGAAGAAAUCAUGGAAAUACUUUCAAGAGUCCUAAUGAGCAACAUCAGUUUUUUUAUUCCUGUCUAGUCUAAAACGAAAUGU